AUGAAGUUCAUAUCUCUCCUCUCUAUUGUCUCGGUCUUUGUUCUCUCUGCUAUUAACGCGGAAAAGGAACCAGCCGUUCUCCAAUUCUUCCCAGCACCUCGCAUAUUCCCGCCAGAGUAUAGAAUUCAUGCCAACUUGCUCGUGAGUCGCACUAGCCAUGAGAUUAUUUUGAGAACCAAGGAACCAAAUUGGCUUGCCUCUUAUCCCGAGAAAACACGCGGCGUGGUUGAAUACGAUAAGCUUCCGCAGGGUCAAUAUAGUGCGAUUAUCAACGACAAUGAUGCGAAGGGUGGUGACAAGACUUUCAGGAUCGAACUUACCAGACCCGAAUCAGUGUUCCACUAUGAAGGAACAAGCGUAACCGAUGAGGCUGUCGAAGGUCUGCAAGCUGAUGCAUACGUCCGAGCCAUCAAUGAUGAUUAUUAA